AUGGCUGACCGCUACGUGGACGGGCAGCCUGAGCUGCCUGCCAUCACCGCGCCGCGGCUUCAGUUUGCGCAAGGGUUCCCGAAUGGAGUAUUCGAUCUCGACGUUGAGCGCCGUGUUGCAGCUGAGCGAGGGGGUGAUGCCGAGGUCUCUGAGCUCGCCGGGCCACAUGCGACCAUAUGUUGGGCUGAUUAUAAGUUUGGCGUCCUGCGGCGGGUGAUGAAUCGGAAGGAGACAAGAAGCAAGGCGUACGUGACUGAGAUCCGGUUCGGAUUCUCCCCUGACAGUGCGAUAUCGGAAAAGGAGGGACAAGGCGACAAGCACAGGGACGGCGAAGACUCGGACGCUUUCUCCGGUGCAAUCAGUGAGGGUAGUGGAGUCGAAGAGAGCAAGGAGGGCGUCAAUGGCGGCCUCACACGGCAAGAGUUUCGGCAGGCGUACCAUUCUCUCUGCUCAUAUGCGGAUCGCAUGACAGCGUACGCGGGCCAGCUCCCGGCCGUCAUUGCACGAAAUCGAUCCUCCCUUCUUGUCUGGGCACUGGCUCAUGAUGCCGCAGAUCAGGUGAAGCAGCGGGCUGAGGCGGCAUGCAAGGCUGUCGAUGAGCUUUCCUUUGUGGAGAAGAAGUAUCGGCUGCCCCCGCGAUGGGAGACAUGGUGCGGUUCCGUCGCCGACUUCUGGAUCGGCUGCACACAGGCACCCCUUCCGUAUGCGGAAGAGCAGAAGGUAUACCAAUGGUCAGACUUCGUCCCCCAGCUCCUACACUGGGUCCAGCACCGGGGGCUGCCUCUACUCCCAGACAACCUGAUCCACGCAACGGCCUACGUCGAGUUCGUGGACAGGAAGUUGGGACACUUUCCGUUGCCGGCGAACCGGACAGUGUACGAGUGGGUCACGGCGGGAGAGGGGCACUACAGGUACCGCACGAUGGUGGAGCGGUGGACACCUCUGCCAUCCGUUGCCCGGCGGUUGGGUAUCGAUCACGUCGAGAAGGAGUGGGGCCGCGAUCCUCUUGAAGUUCGCUAUGCCAGUGGAGUGCUUACGCUGCCCGAGAUCGUAUGCGCGACGGACACUCUCCGCCUCGCCGUCAACUAUGAUCUCUCCAAGCUCCGAGAUGUGCUUGGGAAGUAUGGGGAGACCCACCCAGGGGAGCUAGACAUUGUGGUUUUGACUGCCAAGCUCCUGCGCCAUAUCCGCAAAGUGAGGGGACUAUAUCCUCUGAAUGGAAAGGUCCCUCCGCCCUGGGUGCCAUGGUCUGGCAAGAGCGUCUUCGACGACCCAUUUGGUGACCCCAGCGAUCAAACGGAAAUCAUGGUUGGCGACCGCUUGAGCGAGUACGUCUUCCAUCUUAUCGCUCACGUGAACUCCAAGGGCUUGCCGGAGUACGCGGACGUUGAGCUGCGCGAGGCGGUGCAGAGGGCAAGCGCCUGGAACAGUGCACAGGAACACGCUCGAAGGUGUUGUAUGUACCCCUCUGGUGAUGUGCUAGCAGACGUGGACGGUCACCCGCACGAUCAAAUCGACGUCAUGAUAGGCGGAAGACUUAGCGAAUACGUCUUCUACCUCACCGCGAGUUUCAGCACUCUCGGAUUGCCGAAACCUGUGGCGACGUUGGACUCCAUGUUGGAGAGAGCGAGCACUUGGGCACGCGGGGCAGGAGCCUUUGCAACCGGACCUGGAAGGCUUCGGAGCCCAUGUCCCCUUCUGCAUGCGCCGUCAGGAAGCCGAACGCUGCAAGCUAUGCAAGAGCAUCAGAUCGUCGGCGAAGCGGCAUUCCCUUUAUGGUGCGGCACCGCUCGGGGCCGGCACGAUUUCAUCCUACCCCUUCGAAUCGGCACUUCCCAGAACUUUACCAUCAUUCACCACUCUGCAAUGCCGAGCUCCAGUCACGAACCCGAUGCCCCCCGGUCACAUUCGCCGUCCCAUUCCCACUCGCGUUCCCUCUCCGGCAUCUCGCAUAGCUUCCGCCCGCCAUCGCCCGAGCGCCGACCCAACACACAGUUCCCUUAUGGCGAGUUCUCGUUCGAGCUGGAGCGCUUCCACGCGCAGAGCGAUCAUCGCAUGUCCUUCCGCACCGUUGAGAUCGAGGAGUGCUCGAGCGUCACGUCAGCGGGAAAGCUGGUGUGGGUCGAGAAUAGGCGGCAUCGUCUUAGCGGCACUCCACACCGGACUCAUCGCAGCCCAGCGUUCAUUACCGAGCUGCGAUACUUGCGGUUCGAAAGGGGCGUUGCCAUUCCCAGGUUCAUGAAGAGGCACGAGUUCAGGCAGGCAGUCGACAACUUGUGGAAGUACCAUCGGAAGAUGUUCUUGACGACCGACUCGAUCGAGAAGGAAUACGAAUACGAGUUGACGUCUCCACUCAAUGCGCACAUUGCCGAGGAUGUGGUGGAGCAGCUUCUGGCCCGCAGAGAGAACGCCAAGCAGCUCAGCGGUAAUUGGAACGGCACUCCCGACGAGAUCGCCGCCAUGCUCAACGGCUAUAUCCCACCGCCAGCGCCUGGGGUGGGAAACGAUGACUUCGCUCUGCACCUCGCCGCCUUCCUCCUGGAGCAUGGUCCCCCGAUGCUGCCGCACGACCUCGUAUAUCUAGGAAUAUACGAGGACUCGAACUUCAUGGACGAAUGCGGAGGGAGUGUCGACGAGCACGGUGGCGCAUCGCACUUUACCUGGGGCUGCUUGACGAAGGCGCACCUUGGACCGAGGCGCUGGACCGGAUUUGGACUUGAGGAGCCAGAGGUCUUCCUUGUACCGCUAGAUGGCAUCGUCGAACACAUCUCGUACAGCGGAGGAAGGCUGUCGAGCGCCGAUAUGAGAUGGGCGGUGCAGAUGAUCCGCGGUGCGUUCGGCCAGGCAUUCCCGAUAUUUGAAGGGUUGCGAUCUCUCAACGGAGCUCAGCCGGGGAUGAUCGACAUCGAGAAGCAGGCAGCGAUCAUUCGGCAGUAUGUCCGGAAACUGAGGGGCUUGCAGCGUGAGUUUAUCCCGGGAAAGUGGCUAACCGAAGGCGCAAUUCUGCACACGCAUCGAUACCUCUUCAUUCAGGCUGAGGCGCGCUUGACCCCGCCGUACUGGUCACCGUGGGCUGGACACCUGUUCGAGGACCCGCGCGCUGAUCCAUUCGACCAGGCCGACAUGAUGGACGGAGACCGCCUAAGCGAGUAUGCCUUCCAUCUCGUUUCCUACCUUCACCGACAUGGGCUGCCAUCGCCACCGCACGAGUUGGAGGUUGCAAUGACGAACGUCCGCAAGUGGGACGAGAGAAAGGCGGCCAGCUGGACGGUACCGUUAAAUCGUUAG